CCUAAUCUUACAAGCUCAAUCUAUGGCUUCUGAACAUCAUCCUUUCAGAGGAAUCUUUACCAGUCUAUCCAAACCUGGAGGAGGCGGCGAGUACGGAAAAUUCUACAGUCUUCCUGCUCUAAAUGAUCCACGAAUUGACAGGCUUCCAUACUGUAUCACUGUACUUCUGGAAUCCGCUAUACGAAACUGCGACAACUUCCAGAUCACAGAGGAUGAUGUCGGCAGGAUCAUCGACUGGGGAACAACUUCGGCAGACCAAGUUGAAGUUGAGAUUCCCUUUAAGCCUGCUCGUGUUCUGCUACAGGAUUUUACUGGAGUUCCAGCUUUGGUUGACCUUGCUGCCAUGCGUGACGCCAUGAAUGAACUCGGGAGCGACCCUGAUGCCAUCAACCCUUUGGUUCCAGUGGACCUUGUGAUUGACCAUUCAGUUCAUGCUGACCUGGCAAGAUCAGAAAAUGCCUUGAAAGCCAACAUGGAUUUAGAGUUCAGAAGAAACAAAGAAAGGUUUGCUUUUCUGAAAUGGGGAUCCACUGCCUUCCACAACAUGCUUAUCAUUCCUGCUGGUUCUGGCAUAGUCCACCAGGUUAACUUGGAGUAUCUUGGACGAGUGGUCUUCAACUCUGGCGGCCUGGUUUACCCUGAUAGUGUUGUUGGUACUGAUUCACAUACAACCAUGAUUGAUGCAUUGGGCAUUGCUGGAUGGGGAGUUGGUGGAAUUGAAGCCGAGGCCACAAUGCUUGGUCAGCCAAUGAGCAUGCUUCUGCCACGGGUGGUUGGUUUCAAGAUGUCAGGGAAAUUGCGCGAUGGUGUUACAGCUACUGAUUUGGUCUUAACUGUGACACAAAUGUUAAGGAAUCACGGUGUUGUUGGCAAGUUUGUUGAGUUUUAUGGUCCGGGCAUGGCCACGUUACCACUAGCUGAUAGAGCAACUAUUGCUAAUAUGUCCCCCGAGUAUGGAGCAACCAUGGGUUUCUUCCCUGUGGAUCAUGUCACUUUGCAGUAUUUGAAGUUAACUGGAAGAAGUGAUGACACUAUUGCAAUGAUCAAGGCAUACUUCUAUUGGGCAUACUUGCAUGCAAAUAGAAUGUUUGUCGACUAUAAUGAGCCUCAAGAGCACAGAGCUUACUCGUCCUAUCUGGAAUUGGACCUCUCAGGUGUUGAACCUUGUGUUUCAGGGCCGAAAAGGCCCCAUGAUCGCGUUCCUCUAAAAGACAUGAAGGCUGAUUGGCAUGCAUGUCUAGACAACAGAGUUCAGUUCAAGGGAUUCUCUGUGCCUAAGAGGGAACAAGGUAAAGUUGUGAAGUUCACAUUCCAUGGACAACCUGCUGAACUAAAGCAUGGCAGCAUUGUCAUAGCAGCUAUUACAAGCUGCACAAACACAUCCAAUCCAAGUGUCAUGCUUGGAGCUGGUCUUGUGGCUAAGAAAGCGUGUGAAUUAGGAUUGGAGGUUAAGCCAUGGAUAAAGACUAGUCUUGCCCCGGGAUCUGGUGUUGUGACAAAGUACCUGCAAAAAAGUGGCCUGCAGAAGUACUUAAACCAGCUGGGCUUCUACACUGUUGGCUAUGGCUGCACAACUUGUAUUGGGAAUUCAGGGGAGCUCGAUGCUUCAGUUGCCUCUGCAAUCUCAGAUAACGACAUUGUUGCUGCUGCUGUACUGUCUGGAAACCGGAACUUUGAAGGGCGUAUUCACCCACUGACAAGAGCCAAUUACCUCGCUUCGCCUCCACUGGUUGUUACAUAUGCACUUGCUGGGACGGUUGACAUUGACUUUGAUAAGGAGCCAAUUGGACCUGGAAAAGAUGGAAAGAGUGUUUAUUUUAAGGACAUAUGGCCUAGUAAUGAAGAAAUAGCAGAGGUUGUUGAAUCAAAUGUGCUCCCAGAUAUGUUCAAGAACACAUAUGAAGCUAUAACUGAUGGGAAUCCAUUCUGGAAUGAGCUAUCUGUCCCUUCAUCCAAUCUCUAUCCAUGGAAUCCAGACUCGACCUAUAUCCACCAGCCCCCAUUUUUUAAGGGCAUGAAUUUGGAUCCUUCACAUCCUUGUGGAGUAAAGGAUGCAUAUUGCUUGCUAAAUCUCGGCGAUGGUAUCACCACCGACCAAAUCUCACCGCCAGGUAGCAUCCACAAGGAAAGCCCGGCUGCGAGGUACCUAAUGGAGCAUGGAGUUGACCCCAAAGAGUUCAACUCUUAUGGCAGCCGUCGUGGUAAUGAUGAAGUGAUGGCUAGAGGUACCUUCGCCAAUAUGCGCAUCAUUAACAAGCUUCUGAAUGGUGAAGUUGGUCCAAAAACCAUUCAUAUACCAAGUAGAGAGAAACUGUAUGUGUAUGAUGCAGCAAUGAGAUAUAAGUCUGCAGGGCAGGACACCAUUAUUCUGGCAGGAGCAGAAUAUGGGACUGGCAGUUCAAGAGAUUGGGCAGCCAAGGGCCCAAUGCUACUGGGAGUGAAAGCAGUGAUAUCAAAAAGCUUUGAAACAAUCCAUCGGAGUAACCUCGUGGGGAUGGGCAUCAUUCCGCUAUGUUUCAAGUGCGGUGAAGAUGCAGAAACCCUGGGCCUCGACGGUCAUGAGCAUUAUACUAUCAGCCUUCCACAGAAAAUUAGUGACAUAAGGCCUGGGCAGGAUGUCACAGUGACAUCCAACACUGGCAAAUCUUUCACAUGUAUGCUUAGGUUCGACACAAGAGGUAGAGCUGGCAUAUUUUGAUCAUGGUGGCAUCCUUCAGUAUGUAAUUCGGAACUUGAUAAAGCAGAAGAAUACCAAGUAGUGAAGACUGAAGAGUACAGUUUAUCAUAUCAAAUUAUACUCUGAGAAUUUGAAUUCAAAUAAUAAAAGCCGUACAACUUAUCAUCAGAUUAUACUUUGAGUUCUAAAAGGA